ACAUUUACAAUGCUAGGGGUCUGAAACCACAAUCAUACAGUUACAUAAAAUAUGUAGUUACACUGUCAACACAUACCGUAAUAUAAGCGGGACUCUACUCGCUGCUGGCUUUGUCGCGCUUCAAGUCAAAAUGGGCGUGCUUGGUUGCUGUGCGAUGAAGCUUUGAUUGACAGUUUAGCUUCACAACCGGAGGGCGUCGCCCCGCCCUUCUGUGGACCCUUCGAACGAUGUGACCAAUAGUGCAUGUCGGGGGCGGGACUGUCUUUGAAGACCACGCCCCUCUACAGCUAACCGAACGGAGAUUGUUUUCCUCUCUCGGGGAGAUUUUCACUUUGCAGUCCACAGCUUGAUUUGUUUAUUUUAAAUCACAAGCCACUUGUUCAGUUGCUUUUAGCAUAUACGUGUCUUGGGUAGCCCUCCCAGCCAGAGGUUUAGCGGUUAACUCACAAAUAAGGGAUUAUCAAAGCAUCACAGGGAUCUUCAGCUUGCUAUUGAAGAGAGUGGUCUCUCAGCUCUUACGAGUAUGAGUUCAUAAUGAAGCGGCGACUGGAGGAUCAGGAAACAGUUUUUGCGUCCCAGCAGCGACGCCUCGCUGGCAACGCAGAGGCUUUCCAGCAUCGUGUCCUGGCCCCUGCUCCAGCCCCAGCUGUGUACGAGGCCGUGCCUGACAACAUGCAGCCCACAGCAGGUGUCCAGUACUCCGUCCCCCAGGGAUACCAGGUUCCCACCGUGGCCCAGAACAGUGGCGGGCAUGGGCACACCCCGAGCCCAGCCGUCCAUGGCGGGUCCCACCACCACAGUCCGGCGGUCCAGUCCCAUGGGCCCUCCGUGAUGUCAGGGCACAGCCAUACAGCUGCUCCUCAAGCCUCUGCACAGGGCCAGCAGCAGUUCCAGAGGCUCAAGGUGGAAGAUGCUUUGUCCUACUUGGACCAAGUGAAAUUGCAGUUUGGCAACCAGCCUCAGGUCUACAAUGACUUUCUGGAUAUAAUGAAAGAGUUCAAGUCUCAAAGUAUUGACACCCCUGGGGUCAUCAGCAGAGUGUCACAGCUCUUCAAAGGUCACCCUGACCUCAUCAUGGGCUUCAACACCUUCCUGCCACCUGGAUACAAGAUCGAGGUCCAAACCAACGACCUGGUCAACGUGACUACCCCCGGGCAGAUCCACCACAUCACCCCACAUGGCAUUUCAGUCCAAAACAUCCCCAUAACAGGUGCAACUACCCAACAUCCAGCCCAGCUCCCGCCCGCCUCAACCACCACCGCCUCGCCCCUGCUAACGCAGCCCACCCCUGCCAAGAUGAGCAAGCCUCUGCAGCCACAGGCAUUGACACCGGGAAGUCAGAGCAAUCCGUCCAUCCCUGCAUACACUUCUCCUCGUUCCCCGCCAAUGCAGAUCCACCAGCCACUCAGCGGGACCCCCACUGGGCCACCCAUUCAGAACAACCAGCCUGUGGAGUUCAACCACGCCAUCAACUAUGUCAACAAGAUCAAGAACCGCUUCCAGGGCCAGCCCGACAUCUACAAAGCCUUCCUGGAGAUCCUCCACACGUACCAGAAGGAGCAGCGUAAUGCAAAGGAGGCUGGUGGGAACUACACGCCGGCUCUGACGGAGCAGGAGGUGUACGCUCAGGUGGCGAGACUCUUCAAGAAUCAAGAGGACCUGCUUUCAGAGUUUGGGCAGUUUCUCCCUGACGCCAACAGUUCAGUGCUGUUAAGUAAAACGACAGCUGAAAAGGCAGAAUCUGUACGGAACGACCACGGCGGCACUGCCAAAAAGCUGCAGCUCAACAAUAAACAGAGGCCCAAUCAGAACGGCUGUCAGAUCCGUCGUCAUCCAACUCCCGGCGCCACGCCCCCUGUCAAGAAGAAGCCCAAGUUAUUGAAUUUGAAAGAUUCCUCUGUGGCAGAGGCCAGCAAGCAUGGGGUUGGGACAGAAUCUCUGUUCUUUGAGAAGGUGCGCAAAGCCUUGCGAAGCGCAGAAGCCUACGACAACUUCCUGCGGUGUCUGGUCAUCUUUAAUCAGGAGGUGAUUUCCAGGGCUGAACUCGUGCAGCUGGUGCUGCCCUUUUUAGGAAAAUUCCCUGAGCUGUUCAACUGGUUUAAAAAUUUCCUGGGAUAUCGAGAAAUGUCCCACAUCGAAACGUACCCUAAGGAACGGGCCACCGAGGGCAUCGCCAUGGAGAUUGAUUAUGCUUCCUGUAAGAGGCUAGGCUCCAGUUACAGAGCGUUGCCCAAAAGCUACCAGCAGCCCAAGUGUACCGGCAGAACUCCGCUUUGUAAAGAGGUAAGAGAUGGGAAACGUUUUUCACUAAGUUCUUCAAGUACCAGUCAGUGUCUUAUGAUAUUUAAUGACAUUAUUUACAUCCAUAUGACUGUGUUUGUUUCUGUCCAGGUCUUAAACGACACCUGGGUCUCCUUCCCCUCCUGGUCUGAGGACUCCACGUUUGUCAGCUCCAAGAAAACUCAGUACGAGGAGCAUAUCUACAGAUGUGAGGAUGAACGCUUUGAGUUGGAUGUGGUACUGGAGACCAACCUCGCAGCUAUCAGAGUCCUGGAGACAGUACAGCGAAAGUUGUCCCGCAUGUCUGCGGAGGAGCAGGCCAAGUUCCGCUUGGACAACACACUGGGUGGCUCCUCGGAGGUUGUGCACCGCAAAGCCAUCCAGAGGAUAUAUGGAGACAAGGCGCCCGACAUCAUCGAUGGCCUGAAGAAAAACCCUGCCGUUUCUGUCCCCAUUGUGUUAAAGAGGUUAAAGACCAAGGAGGAAGAGUGGCGGGAAGCUCAGCGAGGCUUCAACAAGAUCUGGAGGGAGCAGAACGAGAAGUAUUACCUCAAGUCUCUCGACCAUCAAGGCAUCAACUUCAAACAGAAUGACACCAAAGUGCUUCGAUCCAAGUCCCUGUUGAACGAAAUCGAAAGCAUUUAUGAUGAGCGCCAGGAGCAGGCGUCUGAGGAGAACGCCACUCCACCCACAGGCCCCCACCUGACGCUGGCGUACGAGGACAGCCAGAUCCUGGAGGACGCAGCGGCGCUCAUCAUCCACCAUGUCAAGCGACAGACCAGCAUUCAGAAGGAGGACAAAUACAAGAUCAAACAGAUCAUCUACCACUUCAUCCCCGACAUGCUGUUCGCCCAGCGGGGCGAGCUUUCUGACGUGGAGGAGGAGGAGGAGGAAGAGGAGAUGGAUCUGGAGGAAGGCGCUUCCAAAAAGCACAACGGCGUCCCGGGCAGCGGGAGUCCCUCUAAGUCCAAGCUGCUGUUCAGCAACACGGCGGCGCAAAAGCUGCGCAGCUGUGACGACGCCUACAACCUCUUCUACGUCAACAACAACUGGUACAUCUUCCUGCGACUGCACCAGACGUUGUGCUCGCGUCUGCUGCGGCUUUACGGCCAGGCGGAGCGACAGAUCGAAGAAGAGGUCAGAGAACGAGACUGGGAGAGGGAAGUCCUUGGACUAAAGAAGGAGAAGAACGACAAUCCAGCCAUCCAGCUGAGACUGAAGGAGCCCAUGGACAUUGAGGUGGAAGAUUACUACUCAGCCUUCUUGGAGAUGGUUAAGAAUUUGCUGGAUGGAAACAUGGAGGCAUCUCAGUACGAGGACUCGCUGAGGGAAAUGUUCACCAUUCACGCUUACAUCGCCUUCACAAUGGACAAGCUCAUCCAAAGCAUCGUCCGGCAGCUCCAGCACAUCGUGAGCGAUGAGAUCUGUGUCCAAGUAACAGACCUCUACCUCUCAGAGAGCUCUAACGGCGCCAGCGGAGGAACCAUGUCCACCCAGUCUUCACGCAGCUCUGCAGAAGCCAUCUACCAGCGGAAAGCCGAACAGCUCAUGUCUGACGAGAACUGCUUCAAGGUGAUGUUUUUGAGGAACAGGGGCCAGGUGCAGCUCACAGUGGAGCUGCUCGACACAGAGGAGGAGAACUCAGACGAGCCCAUGGAGGCCGAGCGUUGGUCUGAUUAUGUUGGACGCUACUUAAACCCAGAUUCCACCACACCUGAGCUGAGGGAGCAUCUUGCUCAGAAGCCAGUUUUUCUUCCCAGGAAUCUGAGACGGAUCAGGAAGUACCAGAAGGGCCGAGAGCAGCUGGACAAAGAGGCCUGUGAGGGUGGCAAGAAAUCUCUGGAAAAGGAGAAAAUGGAGUGCAUGUUCAAACUCAACUCGUACAAGAUGGUUUAUGUCUUUAAGUCUGAGGAUUACAUGUACCGCCGCACUGCCCUGCUGCGAGCUCAUCAGUCGCACGAGAGGGUGAGUACACGGCUGCACAAGCGCUUCCAGGCCUGGGUGGAUGCGUGGGUCAAGGAGCACGUCACCCGCGACAUGAAUGGCGAGACCAACAAGUGGCUAAUGGGCGAAGGGCGUGACGGCCUAUUACCCUGCACCACCACCCGCCAGCCAGAGGUCCUUCACUUCAUGAACAUCAACAAGUACAGAGUGAAAUACGGCCCGCCCAACAAGGCGCCAUAGCUGAGGGGAAAUGGAAGCAAGAGACUGAUGUCUGGGGGUGACUGGUCAAAAGUCAAACAGGUCAGGAGUAGAGGUAGGGACGGGGCUUAUUAAUGUGUUUUUAAGGCCGACAUGGGAGCACAAUUAAGCUAGCUACCGUGUAUGUUGCACCCGGGGCGGCAGGAUUACUGAUUUUACCAGCGUUUUUAGCUGGGCCCAUUUUUUCACAGGGCCUCCGGUGCCAAAACUUAGGAAUCGUCACGAUCCAGUUGCAGACCUGAGCUCUUACCAGCACUCGGAGCCAAUUCUCAUACUUCCCUGAGCCUUUUCGACAGGGCUUAGCGACUUAAAUGGUGAACCUAUGAGAGAGAGAGAGAGAGAGAGAGAAAGUGGUGCUUUUUGUACUUUAUCAAGUGAGCUUCGGUUUAGCUUUUAAUUGGCCAUUUUGUCUGAAGCCAUCACGGUUAGAGCUCCAUCUAAAUCAAUCGCACAGGGACUUCUUUAUGAUAGUGUUAUUCUACAGUAUCCAUGGAGAACAAUACGGUGGACAAGUGCACUUAUUUAGGAAGAGGAAAAUGAUGUUUCGAAAGUUUUGUUUCCCAGAUUGAAGGUUUGGAAGGAGCACAAAAACGUCUGAGAGAUCUGGUUCAGACAUUCCUGCGUUAAGGCCAAAUCACAUUCAUGUACCUUUCACUAGGCGGAAUGAGGGUUACAUUUCCUUUUCCAAAACACACGGCAGCAUUAUUAGAAACUGUGCCUGAGCCCCAAACAGUAUUGUCGGGUUAACAUUAAAAAGCACUCAUGCAUUUAUGUAAAAGCAAAAAAAAAAAAAAAAAAUUAGCCUCACAACACUGUUUGGUCUCAGACUGUAAAAUUGUAUAGCUUGUGAAUGUCAGAUACUGGCAUGUAUUCCAGUGUAUGUGUUGUGUAUAUAUAUUAUAUAUAGUUCUAUUAACACAACUGAUCCUCGCCGCCCUAGUCAAGUCAACCUUUUUAAACUGCCCUCCGCCAAUACACCAGCUUGUACACACAGACACACAAACACACACGCGCGUCUCGUUCUGGGAGGACUGUCCACAUGCCGCUCGAGUUGUAAAUACACUGUAUAUAGUCUCAGACUUUUUAUGACAGAUCUGUGUUGUUGUGCUAGUCAUACUGUCCAAGCUUACUGUGGACUUUAGUGAUAAAUGGCUAAAGUUAGUAUGUAUAUGAAAAAGACAAAUGCAAGACCAUUUAUUACAGUUUUUACCAAAGGGAGUUGAUUACAAAAAUAGCUGUUUUCCCCCCUUUGUGUGUUCCUUUAUGUCUUUUCUUUUUAAUUUCUGUAGUAAAAACGUGGAAAAAAGUAGAAAUGUAUCCAGGUCUUUCACUUUUUAUAUAUGAAAAAUAACUUUUUUUUUCUUCUGAAUGUGACAUUGGUUGGUUAAAAACAUCACUGCCCCCUUUUGACAGCCGACACCGUCCGUGGUGAUGGUGGGACUCAUUUCAAAGUUCAGUCUUCGGAUGAAUGAACGGUCUCACCUUGUGAUGCACGCCUCCCUCCCUGGAUAGAUUUCUGCUGCAAACAUCACACCCCCACACACCAUAUUUUUGAUAAUGGAAGAAGUCACACGAGCAUGUCUUUAGUCCCUUUAUUUAGACAUUAUUUAAAGUAAUAAUAAAAACGACAUUUGUAGCCUACAGAGACCUUU